AGCAUACAUGCAAAGAUUUCACCUGUGAAUCGAAUGGUUUUUGCAUAAAUCCCGAUCUACUGUGCGAUGGCAUUAAUCAUUGCAGCGAUAACUCCGACGAAUCGGUGCAUAAUUUAUGCCAAAAUGAAACCACCAGCACUGUAUUUGGCAUGGAUAUGACAUGGAUUGUAAUGAUUGUGGUUAGUAUACUGCUGAUAAUAAGUGCCGCUAUUGUGGGCAUAACCAUAUGUGUGUGUCGGCGGCAGGACGAUGGUAAUAAUCAGCAUACAACGGCCAUGCAAUUACAUCACACGGCCGAAACGAAUGGCUCCUCGAAACACCUGCAUUACACACACGGCAUUGCCGGAGGCGGUGGCGGCGGCGGUACUCUGAGCCGUGAACACACCCAACUACCGCCAACGUCGGGAAACUGGCAUCACCCUGCGGGACCAUACGGGUACCUCCGCACGCAACUCAACUACUUGAAGAUGGCCACCAAAGUCCGUCCCAUCUGGUGCUUGGCAAAUUUCGUCAAUUAGGUCAAGAUCUCUCAGCAACGUCCGCUAACAAUUUGGGCAUGUCCCAGACAAACAUCGCGAUCAAUAAUGUGGCCGCAAAUCCCGCCAAUGCUGUGGGUGCUGCCCAAAAAGAUGAAUGGUUUGUC